UUCUCCAUUUUUCGGGUUCCGGAGGAGCCGCGAUGGCGCCGGGGCCGCUCCUGGUGCUGCUGCUGGGGACAGCGCUGAGCUCCUGCGGGUUGGACCUGGAGACCCCGACGCUGUUCCGCGGCGACCCCGGGGCCGCUUUCGGCGCCAGCGUGGCCCAGUUCGGCACCGGCGACGACGGAUGGCUCCUGGUCGGGGCCCCCCUGGAGCGCGGCGACUCCGACACCGGCGCCGUUUACGGCUGCGGCUUCCGCUCCGGAACCUGCCGGAAACUUCCGCUCACCGGACCACCCGGAGCGGUCAAUUCCUCGCUGGGGUUGGCGUUGGCGGCCGGAGACGACGCGGCGUUGGUGUGCGGCCCCACCUCCCCCCAGGUGUGCGGGGUCAAUGUCCACCUCAACGGCUUCUGCGUCCAGCUGGACUCCGCCCUGCGGCCGGUCCGGAGCCUUCCGGAGAAAUUCCCAGAGUGUCCGAAGCCCUCGCUGGACAUCGCCUUCCUGGUGGACGGCUCGGGCAGCAUCGCCCCCAGCGACUUCGAGACCAUGAAGACCUUCAUCGCCGAGGUCAUGCGGCGCUUCCGCCACGCCGACGCCCAGUUCUCCCUCACGCAGUUCUCGGACAAGAUCCAGACCCACUUUGACUUCUGGGCCUUCCGGAACUUUCCGGACCCCGCGCAGCUCCUCUGGAACGUCCGGCAGCUCCGCGGCUCCACCCACACGGCCACGGCCAUCCGGACAGUGCUGCAGGAGAUGUUCGUGGCCGGCCGCGGCGCUCGGGCCGGCGCCCGGCGGAUCCUGGUGGUGGUGACCGAUGGUCAGAAGUUCGGGGACAGCCUGGAGUACUCGGACGUCAUCCCGCUGGCCAAAGCCAUGGCGGUCACUCGCUACGCCAUCGGGGUGGGCAGGGCGUUCCAGUCCUCCCAGGCCCGUCAGGAGCUCCAGGCCGUGGCCUCAAGCCCCGCCCACGUUUUCCGCGUCGACACCUUCGGGGCCCUGGAGGGGAUCCAGAGCGAGCUCCAGGAGAAGAUCUUCGCCAUCGAGGGUACGCACUCCGCCCUCAGCAGCUCCUUCCAGCUGGAGAUGGCCCAGGAGGGAUUCAGCGCCGCCCUGACCCCUGCCGGUCCAGCCCUGGGAGCCGUCGGCGCCUUCGAUUGGUCCGGAGGGGUUUUGGUCCACGGCGGGGGAGGGGCGGCCACCUUCCUCAACGGCUCCGGGCCACACCUGGGCACACCUGGGGGACACCUGGGCACACCUGGGGGACACCUGGGCACACCUGGAGCACACCUGGACGGCGCGGGGGACAUGAGGGACGCUUACCUGGGGUACUCGGCCGUGGCCGUGCGUUGGGGUCACACCUGGGGCCUGGCCCUGGGUGCGCCCAGGUGGGGUCACCUGGGCAGGGUCAUCGUCCUCCGCUCCGGCCACAGCUGGACACUGCAGGCCCAGGCCACCGGCCGGCAGGUGGGCUCCUAUUUCGGGGCGUCGCUCCUGGCCCUGGAGCCCGGCCCAGGUGAGCCCGGCCCAGGUGAGCCCCGCCCAGGUGAGCCCGGCCCAGGUAAGCCCCGCCCAGGUGAGCCCGGCCCAGGUGAGCCCGGCCCAGGUGAGCCCCUGCGGAUCCUGGUGGGGGCGCCCCUGUUCUACGGGGGGGGCAGCGGCGGCCGAGUGGAGCUGUGCGAGCUGCAGGGCUCUCACCUGCGCUGUCACCUGUCCCUGCGGGGCUCACCUGGGCAGCCCCUGGGCCGUUUCGGGGCCAGCCUGGCUCACCUGGGCGACCUGGACGGGGACAGGUGGCCCGAGGUGGCCGUGGGGGCUCCCCUGGAGGACGACGGGAGCGGCGCCGUUUACCUGUUCAGGGGCACACCUGGAGGGGUCAGCGCGGAGGGCGGACAGCGCAUUCCGGGCUCCAGGUUCCCGUCCCAGCCCAAAUUUUUCGGCCAAUCCCUGAGCGGCGGCCGCGACCUGAGCGGGGAUCACCUGCCCGACCUGGCCGUGGGGGCGUGGGGACAGGUGCUGCUGCUCAGGUCCCCGCCCCUGCUCCAGGUGCGUCUCUCGCUCACCUUCGAGCCCCAGGUGAUUCCUGCGGCCGUUUCCGAGUGUCCCGAGGGGGGGGAGGAGCCUCGGGCUCACCUGGCGCGGGCGCGGCUCUGCUUCACCUGCGCCAAACGCAGCCGCGACACCUUCGGUUCCGAGCUCUCUCUCUCUCUCCGCUUCCGGGCCGAGCUCGAUCCCGGGAGGCUCCGGAGCCGCGGAAUCUUCGCUUCCGGAACCUUCCAGAACGGGAGCCUCCGGAUGGGGGAGGGGCGGAGCUGCCGCAGCCUCGAGAUCUUCUCCAAGGGCUGCCCCCAGGACACGCUGACCCCUCUGACCCUUCGGGUGACCCUCAGCGGUCUCGGGGAGCCUCUGGAAGCGGCCGGAGGGCUCCGGCCACAGCUCGGACCCGACUCGGACACGGCCGUGACGGCCUCGCUCCCGUUCGAGCACGACUGCGGCCCCGAUAAUUCCUGCCAGGACGAGCUCCACGUCGGCCUCAAAUUGGAGGGGCCGGGGGUGCUGGUGGUGGGGGAUGGGGACGCUCUGGGGGUGACGGUGACGGUGACGAACCGGGGCGAGAGCUCCUUCGGGCCGGCGGUGGCGCUGGGACACCCCGAGGGGCUGAGCUACAGGAAGGUGGAGGUGAUACAGGCCCCCCGUCGCUCCGUCUCCGUUCGCUGUCACUCGGAGGCUCCGGAGGGGCGGGGCCGGCUCACGCUGUGCCAGGUGCAGCCACCUGUGCUGCGCGCCGGCGCCCAGGUGCUUUUCAGGGUCACUCUGGACGUUCCCCCCCAGGUGGAGCUCGGGGACAGCCUGGAGGUGACGGCCGAGGUCACCAGCUCCAAUCCAGGUGUGCCGGGCUCAGGUGGGCGGAGCCAACGCGCGACGAUCCCGGUCAGGUACCAGGUGUUCCUCGUGCUGGCCAGCUCCCCGGACUCCACCCGUUACCUGAACGUCACUUCCGGCUCCGCCCCUCCCCCCCCCGCCCCCGUCACCCACCGCUACCAGGUGAAGGUGCUGGGGGGGCGGGGCCUGGAGGUCAACGUCACCUUCUGGGUCCCCACACACCUGGGCCAGGUGAGGCUGUGGGAGGAGCUGGAGGUCACACCUGAGCAGGUGUUCCUCACCUGA